GUUUGUCAAGUAUGACUUUUUUUUUCUUUUUUUUUUUUUUAAAGGUUUUUGUUGCCAUCUUGGUAAGUGUUGUCAUGUUUGCAUGUGGUUUACUGGAGAUUAUGUUGUGUUUUUGACUUUUGAAUCUCUGUUCAUGUUUUGACUGCUUUGUGUCGCCACUUUAGGCUGCCACUGCAGGCAGGAGAUGUUGUGAUCAGCUGGAGGCUGUGUGAUAUGUUUGAUAUUCGGUUGUUCUUGUGCUUGACUAUGUCAACUAAAUAUCAGACAUAUUCCUACAGAGUCUGGCAUUGACGUCCAUGCAAACAAGCUGUGACAAAGGUACUUGCUUAUACUGGCUGUAAACGUCUAUGUGUUUUCAUGGAAAUACAAUAAUGCUGUUUGGUGACAAGUGUGGAUAAAUAUUAUACUACUAUUCACAGUAGUCCUCUGUCAGAAUUUGAUUUGUUCUCUCCACAAACUGAAUAAACGGCGAUACAGCGUGAAAGUUGAACGUGCUUGCGUUUCAUUGUUGACUUUUCUUUAUGCGGAUUUGCAUCCUGUUUUGUGAGCAGACUUGUUUGUACUUCAAAAUGUUUGCACCGGUCACAUUACACAAUGGCCUUUGUGCCAACAACAGAGAGAGGAGGAAAGUAAUUCAUCUCCACCACUUUUCUUCCUAUGGCUAAGUUUAUUUAUUUAUUUUUUUGUCAGUGUUUUACAUGUUGUUAUAUUUUAUUUAUUUUAUUAUUAUUAUUUAUUUAUUAUUUUAUUAUUUUAUUCUGAUGUAAUUUUUAUUUUUUAUUUUAGAAAUUGUAUUAUUGCUUAUUUUUUGUUAUUUUCUUUAUUAUUUUUUUUAUUAUUGUUACUUUAUAUUAUUUAUUUUUACUUAAUUAUUAUUAUUAUUGUUAUUAUUAUUAUUAUUAUUUUUAUUUUAUUUUAUUUUAGAAAUUGUACAAUAUUAUUAUUUGAUAUAUAUUUUUAGUUUAUCUAUUGCUAUGGGAUUUUAAUUCAUUUUUAUACCAUUAAUAUUUAUUAUAUAUAUUAUUAUUAUUAUUUCAAUCAUUCAUUACAUUUUUCCCAUUUAAAUUUGAUUUAUUUUUUUAUGCAAUGCACUUGAAUUUAUUUGAAAAAUCCCAUCAUUAUUUCUUAGGUUUUUCUGUUUGUGGGCAUUUAUUGUAGUUGUUUUUUAUUAAAAAUUUAUUUAUUUAUGUAAAUAUUUAUUUUACAGUUUAGAAAUGGUUUCUGUACCAUUUGUGCCGCUACCUCUGCGGGAUUUUUCCAUUCAUUUUUAAAAAUGUGUUAGUAUUAUGACAAUGAUGAUGAUGAUUAGUAUUAUUAGAUCUGGAUUUGUUAAUAUGUGAUUUUUUUUUUUUUCAAUAUAAAUUGUCUUUAUUUUACUAAUUGUACUAUUGUUUCUUAUAUUUUUAUGUUUCUCUUCCAUUGGCCCUACGGUUAUGGGAUUAUUGAUUGAUUUAUCUGAUAUUAUUUGUGUGGCAUUAUUUUGAUUUUUCAUUUUUGAAUGUUCUUCAAUAUAUUUGAGAAAUUGCAUUAUUAUUUCUUAGAUUUUUUUUCUGCCUUUUAUUUUUUUUUUAGAACGUGUUGUUAUUUAUUUUAGAUUUAUUUGUUACUUUAAUAUUUAGUUCAGAACUCUUACUAUUAUUCCUUAUAUUUCCUCUUAUAUUUGCAAUUGAGGCUGAUUGUGUUUAACGCAGCUUCCCAUCCUACAAGAGUGGCAUUGGAUCCAGAUACCCCUUAAAUAAAUGUAUUUUUCAGAGGCUGAUGUAACAGUCUUUUUCCUAAAAUAGCUUCAUAAGUGGAAUCCUAAUGGGGUCGUUGGCUGGAAAAUGCAGGUCACCGAUGUGUGACAUAAACGUCCUUGCCGGCUACUCCAUCCGAUGCAAAUGUGACAUCACACGGACGCUGUGGUUUUGAUAAGCUGAUGAUAAGUUCCCGAAAUGCGUCAAGGGGUUCUUGAAAUAAGACACAAGUAAUCUCUCAGCAGCCCGGGAGCUUGAAUAUAGGCGUCAGUUCAGUAAACAUUCAUCAGAAGAAUGUGGACUAAACGUUCAGGUUUGACUAUUGGCUGCAGCGAGCCUGUUGGGCCUGUUGGAAAUAGCAAUGGAGGGAUAGUCUGAUGCCCGGGAGAGCUUCUCUUCUCACUACGCAACAGAGUGCAUUAUUAUUUUUAAUUGCAUUGUAAGAUGAAUUAUCAGUGCUCUCGGUCAAAGCAAAAUGGUAAUACAGUACACCUCAAACAUGGAUAUUUAUGAAGUAAAUGUCUUGGUUUUUGUAGGAGAAGAUCAACGUGUGCAUCGUGCAACUACAUGAAAAAACAAAAUUCCCCCGUCUAACUUGUUUGUUUUCAUCGAUUAAAGUGAGCAAACUAGCCAGCCUUCUUAUCAAUCACAGUCAUAACCCUUCCAUCCAUGCACUCUGUCAUUUUCCAAAUCUGUUUGACCUUCAGCUCGGCCAAGCUGAAAAUUUUGCAAUGUAUCAAGUAAUACAGGGCCAGUAUUGCCCACACCAAUACUGAUACUUUUUAUUUGAAAUUUUUGGGGACUUUGCAUUUAAUGUGUUGAUCAUGAGAUUUUAAUUCAAAUAUUAUUAUUAUUAUUAUUAUUAUUAUUAUUAUUAUUAUUAUUAUUAUUAUUAUUAUUAUGAUUAUUAGUGUCCGAGCACCUAGCGCAAGCGGUCCGAAGGCCCUCUUGAAACUGCUAUGUUUCUUCUUCUUCUUCUUCUUCUUCUUCUUCUUCUUAUUAUUAUUAUUAUUAUGCGACUUUCCUCCCAUUUAACAUGUAUGAAAAUUCACCAAAAUUCUGGCGAGAAAUUUUAUAUUUCAGGGGUCCCAAAUACAACCUCCCAGAACUCACUCAGUGGCGCCCCCUCUCAAUUUUGAAAAAAUUAGCCUUUAGCCACCAGUUGCACGGAUUGUCACAAAAUUUGGUGGAGACGUCAGUCAUGAUAGGAUGCACAAAAGAAGUGUGUGGGCGGGGCAUGGAAACGAACUUUGAUGAAUAAUCUGACAAUUCGUCAAUAAACUGUAAUAACUCAGCUCCCCAAGGUCAGAUCUUCAUCAUAAUUGGUACGUAUGAUGAAGACCACACCUUGAAGAUAUAGUAGGUCACGUCCUGAAUUUGUUUAGUGCCACCUAGUGGCGACAGGAAAUGGGACGCGCAUGCCCUCUGACUUGUGUCAACUCUGAGCUGCGUGGGGGUGCGAGGGCCUGUUCAACGCUAUAUAUAAAUGGAACUAUAGCAAAAAUGUAGCAAUAUAAACAACACAACAAAAACACAGAUACUAGUGAAAAUAAAAAUGGAAGACAACUGCAAAAUAUUGGCACUAGUAUUGAUUCAAUACUGAUACUACCCUUGGCAUCACUAUGAUAUAUCGAUCAAUCCGCUCCCCCCUACUUUUUGUGCACAGACAAAGUGUUGACUGGGACUGUUCACAGAAGUGGACUAUGUGUUGUUAUUACUAAAAAGUGCCCGCUUAUGUCGACGUACAUGCUCAACCUCUUUUGCAGACAUAAAGUUGCGUUCCAAAGCGGUCAUUUCUAUGAAAAGUGGGUCCAUAUUGACAUGUUUUGUAAUAUUUAAUAUACGUAAUAUUGUAAUACUAUCGCUUGCGUACUUUUGCACUUUCGUUGAGUGAGGUUCGAGUUAAUGAACCUACUGUAUGUUUUUUGUGCUGUGGGGUUGAAUGUUUGCUUAGCUGCUGUUAACAAAUAAGCAAUGGUUGACUUGCACCAUUUCCUGUGCAAGUUUGUCAAAAUAUGUUUAGGAGUCUAUGUUUGACACUCGCUUUGGUCUUAUGCACGUCAUGUGAGCAGUAUUGAGGCCGCCAAAUGAGCGCUGAGCAUAAAUGAAUGAAUCUGAAUCUUUCCCCCACCCCUUGUCCUUGCAUGCCCCCUAGAGAAUGCCUCCAUGGCCACUUGUCCAUGUGGCCCAUAUUUAAAACCCUAACCCUAAAUCCGCUGGUAGUAGUAGAAGUAUUUUCUGCCAUGUUAAUGCCAUUAAAUGUGGGUAACAUUGCAAAAUUCACAUUAUAUGAAAUCACAAUUCUAAUUUAUCACUGCCAUCCCUUACUGAAAAAAAUCAUUUCAAACUCCACAUAAUGAAUGUAACGCACUUUGUGUGCGUGUGUGUGUGUCCAUCUUAUCUGAAGACACAAUGCGGUUUACUCAAACAAACCCUUGUGUGACAAUAAAAGCCAUUCUUUAACAUAUAGAAUAUCCCUCCUCUCCUUUUUAGACUAGCAUAGAUCUUAAUCCGUAUCAGGGAAACACUGAAAAGUAAUGCAUUGUAAAACGAGGAGAAAAAGGGUGUAAAGUUACAGGACUAAAGUCGUAUUUCAAAGGAGUGAACCUGAACGUAACAUGCCAUUUAUUCAUUGGGGAAUAUCAUUCACUUAGACAGGACAAAGCCAUGUUGUUGGCUUUAUUACAGUGACGGUGAUGCCGGCUAUACGAUUAUAGUUAUUACAGUUGUGUGCAUUACAGUUAUUGUCAUUCUGUUCAAUGUCAUGGUUAACAUUUUCAUUUCGAUUAUUACCAACAAUAAGGAUGACUGUUUCAGUUUAGUUUUAUCACUGUGGCUGUUGAUAUUAUUUUGUCCUCUCCAUUAUGGACUUUUUGUCCAUCAAAGACAUUUGCUGGUGUAGUCCUGUUUGUUUCUGUUUAUUUUGUUGUUGUCGUUACAAUUGUUGUUGCUGUUGUUCUUGUCUGUCUCUGUAAUGUACCCCUCUUGUCCACGCAUUACCCCCACUCUUCUUUUUUUCUCUUCUUUUCCAUCCCCUCCUGCUCCGGUCCGGCUCCAAAAAUUCAUAACAACAAAACAUCAAAAAAGGUCAAAUAAAAUCUAUAUAACAGCGUGACAGUAUCUUACACUUUGCCCUGGCAGACAAAAUGUGUUUAGGGCAUUUGGUAUGACUUUUUUUAGGGCAAAGGGCAUUUGGAUCAACAAUACUAUCUGCCCCCAAAAAAAUAAAGGUCACACUUUACAAUAAGGUACACAGAAAUACUGUCGUUACUGAGGAACUAAUGCAGAACUGAUAAGGAACUAAUGACUAAGGCACAUAAUUUUGAGAAGUUACUCAGGAACUAAUGAAGAACUAAUGAGGAACUAGUGUGUAGAGUAGUUACUGAGGAACUAAGGCACAUAAAUUUAGAGUAUGUAGUUACUGAGGAACUGAUGAAGAACUAAUGAAGAACUAAUGUGUAGAGUAGUUACUGAGGAACUAAGGCACAUAAAUUUAGAGUAUGUAGUUACUGAGGAACUGAUGAAGAACUAAUGAAGAACUAAUGUGUAGAGUAGUUACUGAGAAACUAAGGCACAUAAGUUUAGAGUAUGUAGUUACUGAGGAACUGAUGAAGAACUAAUGAAGAACUAAUGUGUAGAGUAGUUACUGAGGAACUACGGCACAUACAUUUAGAGUAGUUACUGUUAAGAGUGGCACAAGCCACGACGGAGGGUCUGGAUCCCAAUGCAGAAAUAAGAGCAAAAACCUAUAAAACAGAAGGUUUAAUCUAACAAAAGGUGUCCACAAGAGAAAAGUACAACACAAGAAAAUGCACACUGGGUAACACAAACAAAAAACACUGACAGCAGAAGGCUUUCAGGAAAAAAAACUAAGAACAGUAACGAAAAAACAACCAGGCAAACCUAAGCAGCAACUAACCUUAGCACAGAGCGGACAAGAUACAGAAUGAUAUACUGAGCCAGAAAGCAGGGCAAAGGGUAAGGAGCCGGACUGAGCGGUAGCAAAGGGUAGGACAUCAGGGAGUUCAAUCUGGCACUGGAGUGCUGCUGCUGCCUUGCUUAAGAGUCCAGGGUGAUAAUUGUCUGCAGGUGCGCUCCGGUGUCUCCGCUUUCACCGGCUGGGGUGCACUGCAGACAAAUAGCAGACAGGCGGCAGCAGAGCGACAAGCAAAAUGUGACAGUUACUGAGGAACUAAUGACGAACUAAUGAGGAACUAAUGUGUAGAGUAGUUACUGAGGAACUAAGGCACAUCAAUUUAGAGUAGUUACCGAGGAACUAAUGAAAAACUCAUGAGUAACUAAUGAGUAGUGGUUAGCGUUAGGGUUAGGUUGGUUCGUUCCUCAUGAACUACUUUAAUUUUGUGUACCUAAUUGUAAAGUGUUACCAAAGUAAAUCAUGUGAGAACACUAGAAAGAAAGGCUUUCUGAAAUAGAAAAUGUGAGUUGUGGAUCCCAGCAUUUUGUGAAUGUUCUGGUGAAACAAGCAUAUUCGCUUUGUUUGGCUCGAAAUAAGCUAUGAAAAUAAAUGUUACAAAGAGGAGUAGCUCUUGGCCAUUUUCAUUUUGUAAACUUAUAACCCUGCGGCUAAUAUGCGGUCACGUUCUAAUCGUGUGACAUCUGGUAUACUUUGUAACUACUACAAAUCGUUUAAAUAUGUCUUUUGGAAAACUCUGUUACUAAGCUAGUCCAUCAUAACAACAAAAAAAAAGUUCAGGAAACAACCAAAAAACGCAGAUUAGCCAGCUUUCUCUGCGUCAUAUUACAACAACAAGUUUUCCGUACAUUCAUUCAUUUGUGGCGGCCCACCACAAUUCAUUAAGAACCGCCACAGAAGAAUUUAGCACUACUGUUUAUUAGAUUUAAUUUUUUUAUUUGACACUACCUGCGCCUCCUCGGUCACACUCACCUGAAAAUGGUGUGUCUCAGUGGCUUGUCGUUACAACUCCGUCCAGUCGAUGGCUUUGUAAGUCUGCAUAUUCAGAAGCACGUGUGGGUAUCGCCGAUAUUAUUUGAUUAUACAUGAGUUUUUUCUUGUAAUAUCAUGGCUUUACUUGUGUAGUGGCACUAUAUUUUGUUUCUUAAGGCUUGCAGGCUUGGUAUUUGUUACUGCAGACCACUUUAAAGAGACUUUUUAAAUGGAAAGAAGACCCAAUUAGCAUCACACUGCUUUCAAUGAUCGUUCAUUACGCAUCUGAUAUGAAAUUGAAUUAGACGACUGAUGCGCAUCAGCGAGUUUAGCUCAUGAUUCAUUGGUGGCUAUUAACAAGCUUUAUGUUCCUUUCGGAAGACCGCACCGAUUCCAACUUUUGACGUUUUUUUUGGCCUGAUUUUGUGUUCAAAUCCACAAACGAUCCUGAGGGCAAUGAAUGAGUAAAGGUCAAGGGUUGGUGUGUACCCACGUGCAGAAGAAUAGGCUGCAUGGAUGGUGUAGUCAAGGCUCCAAAAAAGCCCCCAUGGACAAAUGUUAUCUGAAAGAGUGCACACUGUAUACUUUCAGGUUAACUGGCAUUGUAAUAAUAACGUCAGCGUGUGUGCACGCAGAUAUAGGAUGACCAUUAAUGAGCAGGUUGAGGUUGUGUGUGUGUGUGUACACAUUGUAAGAAGUAAUGGGAAAUCAGUGCAGAGAUAAUGAAGACACACCGCUGCCGUAUAAAAAUGUGAGACCACCGUCCAUGGGCGGCAUUGGAAGAGGAGACGCAGCAAGCGAGUGAAUGGAAGCAUAGUGCACAUUCAAGUCAAGGAAGGACAUCGUAAGGGAUGGCAAAAGCAACAGCGGGUGUUUUCUUGGCGUGCGUGGUGGUCCUCCUCGGUGGCAGCUCGCCCUCCUCUUCGCUUUACAACAGCGGGGAGUGCUUCUUCAACACCAAAGGGAGCUGUGAGUACAUGGGACAGGUGUAUGGCAUAGGAGAGAGCUGGACAACCACUGAUUGUUACCAGUGUGUCUGCAUGGAGCCUUUUGGAGUGGGGUGCUGUGACCACGGUUCAAAGCCUGUGGACUAUCCAGAGUGGUGUGAGAUCAUCCUCAAGCCAGGCUCUUGUACCAGCGUUGUUGUGAUGAGAGCCAAUCACAAGCUGCCCUGCCUGUGGGGGCGAGGCCGCCUCCGACCUGCCGCGGGCCUGUCGUGGAAGUCAGAUAAUGAACCCCUGUUUUGAGCCCCAGAGACUUGUGCAAAUUGGAAUUAAUGUAUUUUUAUUUCCCCUCUAAUCGUUAUUAUUACACCUUGUAGAUAAACUGCUGAUAUUUCAGGUAUCACAUGAUAUUACUGUAUGUGUACUGUAUUUCACAUUCUGAUGUUUUGCUGUUAAUGAGGCUGCAGAAAUUAAUUAAUUACCUCAAGUUCAUGAAUAAAUGUUGCGUA